GCCUGACGCUAGGCGUUCGCCUCAGUUGAAAUCUCACCCUUGUGGGGGGUGGUUGUCGCGUGAACUUACCCUUACACAUUCAAAUAAUCGCGUAUUUAACACAACUGUGAUUUACUAUUCCCAACUUUAAAUGAAUAUGGCUCCCGAAAAUAUCAAAGUAGAAGACCAGUCCAGCUGUGCCCCAAAGCUGCAGAAAUGGUGCAGGAGUCGACGCUGCCAACUUUGGAGACUACUGCUUCUACCCUUCAUACCUAUCCUGGCACUUAUUGUUCAGACCACAUUGUCUCUGAAGAGUAGCAUUACUAACGGCAGAGAUGUGGCUGAUGUUGAAGAACAGGUAAGCAGAGCUACAGAGUUAGGCAAGCUAGUGACGAGACUGCAGCAAGAACGAUCCGAAGUGGCUUUCUUUAUAUUUACCAAUGGCAGCACUUUGAGAUCAAAUUUAUCGCAACGUUUCGCGGGGACCAACAGAGCUAUAGACCAAAUGGGGUCCCUACCGAUGCUGGUCUUCAAGAACAGGUCGAAACCUGUUGAUGGUGAUGCAUUUAGAGUUGAGCUUGAAGAGUUAAGAGCUGGUAUAAACGCUGGUACAUCUAUGACUGAAGCUGUCGAGUGGUACACCAAUGCAAAUGCUGCGCUGCUCAGCCAUCUCACCAAGGAAAUCAAGGAUACAGACAGCAGCACAAUAUGGAGGUAUCUCGUUGGUUUCAAAAAUCUGUUACGCAGCAUCGAAUGUAAAGGAAUCGGCUCUGUACUGGGCAUCAACUACUUCGCCAGGGGCUAUCUACAACCCCGAGCUUAUGAACGGUAUAAUAUAUCUGUGAGAGACAGAUAUACGCUACAGUAUAGGGGCACAAAAACGGUCAGACUAUAUGUGCCUAGUUAG